AUGAAAAGAUUCGAAACUUUCGAAUCCAAAAGCAUCCGUGACGAGGAAACCGCAUCUGACGCGGUCCUCAUUUACGCGAAAGAAAAGCCAGUUGACAAUGUCGACGGCAAACGAUUUGCGAUUGUGACGAUCACAGGAACGAAAGAACUUCAAGAAAUGUUCCAAAAUUUGCGUCUUUGUCAAGUUAAAUUCGAAGAAACGGAAGCUUUUGCUCACAAUGGAUUUUACGAGUGCUUCGAAGCGCUGAAACCGAAAAUCGAAAGUUUUCUUGACGCGACUUUGAAAGAAAAACAGGUCGAUGAGAUUUUGAUCUGUGGUCACUCACUUGGUGGUGCGGUGGCUUGUUUAAUUGGUGCAUCGUUGGCACCAAAAUACGAAGCGACGAGUUUUCUCGUCGUCACUGUUGCUUCGCCGAAAAUCGGUAAUAGGGCUCUUCAAGAUUUAUUCAAGCAGAGAGUCAAGAAACACCUGCGUAUUCGACUCGGCGGCGAUCCUGUUGUGAACUCAAUGGGCUUCAUGUAUUGGUUCAAACACUCGGGAGAAGAUGGCGAAGAAACCGAUUAUCCAACUCUAGAUGCUUCCGAAUUCGCCUACGGAAGUCAUUCUGACCAUGACUAUUUAAUGGGAAUCGAGCGGAAUAAGGAAGUUAUUCUGAAGAGAAAAUUUGGCAAUGCUGUUGAAAAGGCGAAAAAAAUCAUCAAAAAUGCCCAGUAA